CAUAACUCGUUUAAGUGGUUCAGUGGGCUCGUGUCCAGCUGCUGCUCUAGGCUUGCCCUCCUCCAGCUUUCAAAUCUUCCUCCUUGUUUAAUUCGAAAACUAUCUGGAAAAUUUAAUCGCGAUUUGAUUCAGCGACUUCUUUAUUCUCAGAUUAUUUGGAAAACCCAGAUCUUUUGCAGAAAUCUGUAAGCUCUGGGCUUGGAGCACAGGUGUUUGUGGGGUUUUCCAUCGACAACCAAGUUUUCUCUUUGUUUGACUAAUGGCGAACAUUGAUAUCGAUGGGAUCUUGAAGGAACUGCCGAACGAUGGCCGUAUUCCGAAGACAAAGAUUGUAUGCACGCUGGGUCCGGCUUCUCGAUCCGUGCCUAUGCUCGAGAAGCUUCUGAGAGCAGGAAUGAGUGUUGCCAGGUUCAAUUUCUCACAUGGAACUCAUGAAUAUCAUCAGGAGACGUUGAACAAUCUCAAGAUCGCAAUGCAGAACACUCAGAUCUUGUGCGCUGUCAUGCUUGACACCAAGGGACCUGAAAUUCGAACUGGAUUCCUAAAGGAUGGGAAACCUAUCCAACUUAAGGAGGGUCAGGAAAUCACAGUAACUACCGACUACACCAUCAAGGGGGACACUGAGAUGAUUUCUAUGAGUUACAAAAAGCUUGCUGUGGACUUGAAGCCUGGCAAUACCAUUCUAUGUGCAGAUGGAACCAUCACUCUUAAUGUCUUGUCUUGUGACCCUGCUGUGGGAACUGUGAGAUGCCGCUGUGAGAACACUGCUAUGUUAGGUGAGAGGAAGAAUGUCAAUCUCCCUGGUGUUGUGGUGGAUCUUCCCACACUUACGGAGAAGGAUAAGGAAGACAUAUUGGAGUGGGGUGUUCCUAACAACAUAGAUAUCAUUGCCCUGUCAUUUGUGCGCAAGGGCUCAGAUCUUGUCAAUGUUCGACGGGUUCUUGGACCCCAUGCAAAGCGCAUACAACUGAUGUCAAAGGUUGAGAACCAGGAAGGAGUUAUCAACUUUGAUGAGAUCCUACGUGAGACAGACUCUUUUAUGGUUGCCCGUGGUGAUCUUGGAAUGGAAAUCCCAGUUGAGAAGAUUUUCCUAGCUCAGAAGAUGAUGAUCUACAAAUGCAACCUUGUGGGCAAGCCUGUGGUCACUGCCACCCAAAUGCUUGAAUCCAUGAUUAAGUCUCCCCGUCCUACCCGUGCUGAGGCUACUGAUGUUGCUAAUGCUGUUCUUGAUGGCACCGACUGUGUCAUGCUCAGUGGUGAGAGUGCAGCUGGAGCCUACCCGGAGCUUGCUGUGAAGAUCAUGGCUCGUAUUUGCGUAGAAGCAGAAUCUUCUCUUGACUAUGGUGCCAUCUUCAAGGAAAUGAUCAGGUCAACUCCUCUUCCAAUGAGCCCAUUGGAGAGUCUUGCCUCCUCGGCAGUCAGAACAGCCAACAAAGCCAAAGCAACCCUUAUUGUUGUGUUGACCCGUGGUGGGACCACGGCGAAGUUGGUAGCCAAGUACAGACCUGCAGUCCCAAUCCUCUCUGUGGUGGUCCCUGUUCUGGCAACAGAUUCAUUUGGCUGGACAUGCAGCGAUGAGACCCCAGCAAGGCACAGCCUGGUCUACAGAGGUCUGGUCCCGCUGCUUGCUGAAGGAUCUGCUAAGGCUACGGAUGCAGAGUCCACGGAGGUGAUCCUGGAAGCUGCUCUCAAGUCAGCAACGAAGAGGGGGCUUUGCAAGCCAGGAGAUGCAGUUGUGGCACUGCAUCGUAUAGGAAUUGCCUCUGUCAUAAAGAUCUGCAUUGUGAAGUAAAAUGGUGAAGUGGAGGUGUUAUUUAAGUUUCAGUUUUGGGUGAUCAAUGCCUGUUUCCUGCCUCUCUUUUAUUUCUGGUUCCUUUGUUUUAUUGAAGAGUAUAGUUUAUCCUGGCCAAACUGGGCUGAAGACAUUAUGUUGGUUUUCCAUUUCUGAUAAUAAUACAUACAUUUUAGGUAUGA